CGCCGGAGGAGGUCCUGACGUCACGGGGAGGGCGCCAAAAUGGCGGCGGCGGCGGGAGCUUGGCUGAGGGGCUGCGCGAAGCUGAGAAGACACAUGCCAGCACGCUGGGCUCCUUGGAGAGUUUCUCCCUGUGUUUUUAGAUCCUCCAAAUCAGAACUCAAGCCAAACGUAGCCAAUGAUGGACUUGUCUAUGCUCCACUUCAAACGUUCACUGAAGAGGAGGCCAUGCUGAAAGACAUGGUGACCAAAUUUGCCCAGGAACGAGUUGCACCUUUCGUGCAAAAAAUGGAUGAGAAUGCGAAAAUGGAAGAGUCCAUCGUACAGGGAUUGUUUGAACAAGGGCUGAUGAGUAUUGAGCUUGGGGAAGAAUAUGGAGGAACUGGAGCUUCAUUUUUUUCAAUCAUAUUAGCAGUGGAAGAAUUGGCCAAAGUUGAUCCAGCUGUGGCUCUUGUGUGUGAACUCCAAAACACUCUAACAAAUAAGUUGUUUACCACCUAUGGGACAGAAGAACAAAAGAGAACUUACCUGCCCAGGGUGUCCAAAGAUACAUUAGGGAGUUUCUGUCUUUCGGAGGCUGGGUCUGGCAGUGAUGCUUUUUCCUUGAAGACUCGAGCUGAAAAGAAGGGAGACUACUACAUUAUCAAUGGCUCAAAGAUGUGGAUUAGCUUAGCAGAAGAUGCAGGAGUUUUCUUUGUCAUGGCAAAUACAAACCCAUCCUCAGGCUACAGAGGAAUUACAUGCUUCGUAGUGGAUCGCAACACAGAGGGGCUUCACGUGGGGAAAAAGGAGGACAAGCUGGGAAUCAGAGCAUGUUCCACCUGCCCAGUCACCUUUGACAAUGUGAAGGUUCCUGAGAGCAAUAUCCUGGGAGAAGUUGGCCAAGGCUAUAAAUAUGCCAUUGGAAUGCUCAAUACUGGCAGGAUAGGGAUUGCUGCACAGAUGUUAGGACUGGCCCAGGGGUGUUUUGACCGUACAGUUCCCUACACAAAGGAGAGAGUCCAGUUUGGGAAAAGCGUGUUUGAUUUCCAGGGGAUGCAGCACCAGAUUGCGCAGGUGGCCACGCAGCUGGAGGCAGCCAGGCUGCUGACCUACAACGCGGCGCGGCUGGCGGAGGCGGGCAGGCCGGCCAUCAAGGAGGCCAGCAUGGCCAAGUACUUCACUGCUGAGGUUGCAACACUGACAACCAGUAAAUGCAUUGAAUGGAUGGGAGGUGUUGGAUUCACCAAAAAUUACCCAAUAGAAAAGUAUUACCGUGACUGCAAGAUCGGUACAAUAUAUGAAGGAACUUCAAAUAUCCAGUUGAGUACAAUUGCAAAAUUCUUAGCACAAGAGUACUGAAACCAUAAGGACUUUCUUGAUGCUGUAUAAAAAUUAUUUCCCUGAA